AUGGGAGUUCAGCAACCUACCUGCUCACGCUUAAUGGAGGGCCCAAACUGGAAUUGUGGUUUGACACAGUCGACGACGCGCGAACGCAUGAGGCAAAGUUGUUGGUGGCUGAAAAAACUACAGCUUAUAUGCUGAAAUAAUGAUGGAUGUGGACCAGCCGGUUACCUCCACAACCGGCGAUGAACAAGCCGAGUUGGAUUCAGAAUCUCGCAAUAAGAAAGUUACGGAUAAGUCCCCAGCGAUGAUCGAACGGGAAAAUGACGAUUUGCCACCUUUGCUCAUAAGCGAUAGCGAAGAGGAAGAUCCAUCCAACGCUCUGGAUGAAGAAAAUCAGACCGAUGAAAUUUCGGGCAUAUCGCCCAUCGAGACAACUGCGGUCGUGAAGGCGAACGAUACAUGUGCUGAUACUGGAACAGAGACAACUACAUGUUCCUCCACGUUGGUAACGCAAGAAGAAACAUCUGCCCUGCCGGCGGCAGUAGAUGAGGCAGACAUUUCGGUGGUGGACAACAUCGAUUUGACUGGUGCAUCCAGUGCGGAAGAUUCUGGCGUUAACGAGGGGAGCAGUGAAAGGACAACUCUGUCAGUAGUGAAACCUUCGACACUAACUAAACCUAGUUCCGAAAUGACAGCUCAGGAACUGCUUGAAUCGUUGCUUGAGGCUCAGGAGGAAGCUUUUGCAUCGCAAAAUGCUUCAUCGAAUGCGGAAAAAGAAUUGGCAGAGGGAACUUUGCACUCUAAAGACGCGGAUACAACAGCCGAUGCCGAAAAGACUACCAAAAGCACCGUCGAUGGUACGCAAAGCGAGGUCGUGAAAGAAGCCAUAAAUCUGGAUGCCGAUGAGCCGGUUGAAGACUGCGUUCAAAUGGAUACCCUUGCUGUGGAUGAUGAAUGCUUACUCGAGGAAAUGGCUAAUGUACAAGAAAAGCAACAGGAGAUGGACAUCGAUGAACAUCGCACUGGCAGUAACAACACGGAAUGCAGUGAUGACGGUAGUGGUGCAGACCGCAAUUCGAACGAAACAGAGCAAGCAAAUGCUUUAAACUGUCAUGACAAUGAAGAUGACAUGUUAGAAUGUAUAGAACCGCCAAGAAAAAAGGCCCGGUCGAUGGUAUCUGUACCUGAAUCGGAUUCGAAAGCUGGAUCAAUUGAAUCUUCGUUUCGCAGUAUAGAGAACGAUAUUGUACAAAACGAAAAACCAUCUGAAGAAAUCACAAAGAAAACGGAUGCUUUAUGCUCACGAAAAGAGCAAUUGGACUUACCUGCGCAAACUAACAAAGAUUUGUCACCAGUUGAUCCGAAACCGGCACCUGUUUCCCUUGAAGGCAAAUCGCAAUCUAACAUGACAGGUAGCAGUGACACGAUGAUUGACAGCAGCGACUUGCUAAAUGGUGAUCCACAAAAGAAAGAGUGUAUCGCAGUAGGCGCUCAGAAAAAUGUUCAAACCGUGGAAAGUUCAGUAAUUCCUGAUGUGUUGGUAAUAGAUGAUGAUGAGGACGAGACGGAUGUGAACAGCAUUAAAGUACAAGAUACGAAAGAUAAAAAAAUAGAUGAACCACAAAACAAUAACUCACAAAUGGAUCAAAAUAGUGAUACGACUGUCAAAAGUCUGGUCGACGAUUCAAAACCACCAGCUGCAGAAGAAAACAUGGAAACCAAACCAAUGGCGAUGGAGUUCUUGCGUCGAUUUAGCAAACCGAUAACACAGAUGACUCGCUCUGAUUUGGAGCAAUUGAUUUUACAAAAAUUAAGCGAGGCAAUCGUUCAUCAGUCGGAAAACGCGGAAUUGCGCAGGAUAGUUAAGAGACAGUCGGCAAAGCUCCAAGGAUACGAGCGUACCAUAGUCGAUAUGUCCAGUCACUAUGAAGGUCUAAAGUUAGUCGCGGAAAGGGCUGUAGAUGACAUGAAGAAGCGAUCCACAUGUUUUGUUGCACCAGUGAAAAUAACUCGCGCAGUUGGAUUGCAAGUAUCCCGACCCGCUAUUGAAAUGGCACCUUCUUAUAAAGGAUCGAACUUUUCAAGAAUGGUCCCCGAAAAACGAAAGAAUCCGCCUGCCAAGGCGACAGUAUCGACGAAUGGUGCUAUUGAAAACAGGGCCCAGACUAAACCAAGUGAACUCGCAAACAAAAUUACUCAACAGCCUUCUGGUGGACAGGAAAACGCGUUGACGCCUAUGAAUCGUUCCCAGCUUUCAAAUAAUGUAUCGCCCAUAGUAACUGCGCGCAUCACUCCGAACAACAGCGCUACGGCAAAUGGGAUGAUACGAACACUGAAUUCUCAGGUUGGUAAACAUAACAACGGCGCAAUAACGACCAGUGGACACAUAACUUCGGGCAAUACAGUAAAAUCCGCUGCUGUGCCUACCAACGAUGGGCCUGGUGUGCCCAUUGCCAACACUAGCACAUUUGCCAGCGCUUCGCAAAAAACCGGCACGGACCGGAACAGUAUUGCGGGAGGAAUUGAUAAUCCGGUGCGCAAAAAGUUUCACAAAUUCACUCCUAAAAGACCACCUUUGUCUCCGUAUCAACAGGCACAGCAAGAAAAACAGGUUAGACAGCAGCAGGAACUGUUAGUACAACAGAUUCACGAGCAAAGUCAGCAAGCACAACGAAAAGCCCAAAUUAGUGUUCGUACUGAUCUGCCGCUCACAGAAAAUUGUGCUACCCGAUCGGCAUCGGAUAUUGCCGCUCGGCAAAGAUCGAUCACUCAACAGGGCCGGCUGUUGAAUGCGAAUGUUCAAAUGCCAGUUUCCCAAAGCUAUCAAAAUGUUCCCAUCGGUGGCACGCGAGCUACUGCUGCUAUGACAAACUCGGCAACAGUACAGUUGUCUGAGAUAAAAUCAAACACCCAACCAACGACAACGGUCGCUCCUACAGUGAAUGAUUCUUUAAUCGAUUUGACUGACGAGGAUGAUAUGACUGGCAAGGGAAGCACCUUAGUUUCGUCCAUGCAGCAGAAACGGAUGAAAACUUCCCACAGUGGUUCGUUUGCAUCAACGCUACCUAUUUCAACCAAUCCAAGUAUGCAGGGUUCUUCCAAUCAGUUUGUUCGUAUUCAACCGAAGACCAGUACAAUUAAUGGUAGUGCGAUUGUUCCUGCGGCCGCUAGCAGUACUUCAGUUGGAGGUAUAAAUCAAUUCAACAACGUUUUAGUUCGGACGCCCCCAAAUGUGAAUCGUAGCAGCAAUGGACUUCCGCCGUUGCGUCAUCCUAACGGCAGUAGCAACUUGCCACGUCUUCAGGCUGCACCAACAGAUGCUACAAGAAAGCGUGUGGUAAUCAAGCCACUACUGGCACCACUUCCGCUCCCAGGACCACAACCCAGCGAUCCGACAUGGAAAGUUUCACCUCCCCAGCCAUCGAUAUGCGUCAAUAAUGUUCAAGCUGGUAUUGUAAUUUCGUGGACAAUGCCAACGCUUACGGAUCUUCAUGCUGAUAUCGAAACGUAUCAAAUCUACGCAUAUCAGGAGCUUUCCAGCGCCACGUCUCCGGAACAAUGGCGACAUGUUGGAGAUGUGAAAGCUCUGCUUUUGCCAAUGGCUGUAACUCUGACGCAGUUCCAUGAAGGACAAAGGUAUUAUUUUGCUGUGCGGGCAAUCGACGUACACAAACGAGUAGGGAAGUUCUGUGAGCCGCGCACCUGGAAUGAUACCAACGUGUCCAAUAUUUGAAUUAACUGUCCAACCAGUCGAACUGUAGAAUCAGCAUAAUAUUAAGAUCAUAAAAUAGUGUUCGCUCUGCACCGAAUGAACAAAAAUAUAGGAGUUCAUAGGGUGAUAAAACAACGAAAGCGGCUACGCAAAAAAUUAUCACAGCAGAUGGCAUAAUUACUAGAAAUUGGAAGCACAUGAUAUCAUGUGCUUGAGUUUGCCUAAGCCUGAUGCUAUUGGUGUAUUUUCUAAAACCGUUAAGAUGUCAUCUGCUGCGAUUGUUUUCGUAGUCGCUUGCAUUGCUAUGCCGUGUAAAUAACCCUGAACGCCAUCUUCGUUUGAAAUUAAAAUUGCAAAUACGGUAAAGCGUUGAACAAAUAUGGUAAAGCGUGAAGUGAGUUAUUUAUCGUUCGUUUUGUAAAUAAACCAAUUUGAUUCAUUUGAUCCUUCAGGAUCAUACAGAAACAAUUUUUGCAGAAGUUCGUGUAGCAGAAGCUGCCUCUACGAAACGAAAGGUGUAUUUUCCCUUUUUGUAUUACAAGGUCAGGAGAAGAAUUCAUGGUUAUUGCGUGACACCUUUGACAUCAGUUAAGAUGUUUCGGAUUGUGCGGUUUUGGAUAAAAUGUACCUCUUUUUUGUACCACUAAUUGCCAUUUUGAAGAUUACUGCAUAACGCCUCUCCUAUAAAAGUCUUGAUCUUUUUUUGUCAAAAAAAUUUAGUAGCCGAUUGCAUAAUCUUUCAAUUAUCCCAAUUUCUUAUCACACCGAGAAGUUUUACAACGAUAGGAAAACAGGUAGUAAUAGUUUGGGGCCAGGUCCAAAAUGGAUGCAUUAAAACAUUUCUAAGCUUCCUGUACCAAAUAGCAAUGUGAUUUUUUUGUUUGGUCAUACGGAAGCAACUAAUAGUAAAUGUUUCUCUUCCAGUCCCAUCGUUACUGUUAUUCCUAGUUUAAACACCGGUUGAAUGGCUUCACAACAUGGUCCAAUUAGACCCAUUUACCGUCGCCAGUCAUCGCCAUUUUUGUUCGGUUUAAACGCGGACAUUUUUAAAUAAAUGGAAUUAAUAUAUAUCUAUUUCAAAAUUGGAUGCUUUUACACCAUUUGGAUAAAAUACUUUGCAGGUACAAAUGCGAUCCAUCUUAGUUUUUUUUUGCGGUAAUUGGUGUGGUACCCAAAUAUCGAUUUCCUUUUAUAUCUUUGCGCAAAUAGUUUAAAACUAUUUUAAAUGAAUAUUAACUCGUGGCUGAUGCUGCGACUACUAACUUAUCGACGACAUUUUCCUCCGCCUAAUAUUUCCAUUGUUCACGUUUUGCGCUUCAUCCAUUUUGUGUGAAAUAAGCAGCAAAUCAAGAUGAGAAAAAUUCUUUCAAUGGUAGUUAAAAAUUAAAUAAUUUACCGUAGGGAAUUAGUAUAUGCCCCUGGCGAACAAAAGAGCGCAUGUACGCGCGAAAGGAUCUAUUAAAAUUAGCUACCGACGAAUUGUGUCUCAUUAUCGUUUAUGGUGCCAGCCUGGUCAGGUCAGUUGCGACUAUUCUUCUACGCGUCUACAAGACUUGUUCGUACGUACACUUAGCGAUACUGAACCGUAGUACAGAUAUCGGCAAUCAUAGACAGCGUUCCUUCGUUGUAAACUAUUAAAAACAAUAAAUAAUUUAAUAAAUGCAACAGCCAAUAUGGUUGUAUUUUACAAUA